CCCCUUCCCCGCCUCCGCCUCUUCCCAGCGCCGCUUUCUGGAAGGUUCGUGAAAGCGGUGGAGGCUUUCCGUUACUCCUCCAGCAGCCAGGAUCCACGUCCAUCCGUCCUUCCGAAGCCCCCGCAGACCCAGCUAAGUGUGCCAUGCCCGAGAACGUGGCUCCCCGGAGCGGGGCGCCGGCCGGGAGUGCCGGCGGCCGCGGAAAAAGCGCCUAUCAGGACCGGGAUAAGCCGGCCCAGAUCCGCUUCAGCAACAUCUCCGCGGCUAAAGCUGUUGCUGAUGCUAUUAGAACAAGCCUUGGACCAAAGGGGAUGGAUAAAAUGAUUCAGGAUGGAAAAGGUGAUGUGACCAUUACAAAUGAUGGUGCCACCAUUCUGAAACAAAUGCAAGUGUUACAUCCAGCAGCUAGGAUGUUGGUGGAGCUAUCUAAGGCUCAAGAUAUAGAAGCAGGAGAUGGCACCACAUCGGUGGUCAUCAUUGCUGGCUCUCUCUUAGAUUCUUGUACCAAGCUUCUUCAGAAAGGGAUUCAUCCAACCAUCAUUUCUGAGUCAUUCCAGAAGGCUUUGGAAAAGGGUCUUGAAAUUUUGAAUGACAUGUCUCGACCUGUGGAACUGAGUGACAGAGAAACCUUAUUAAAUAGUGCGACCACUUCGUUAAAUUCAAAGGUUGUCUCUCAGUACUCAAGUCUGCUUUCUCCAAUGAGUGUAAAUGCAGUGAUGAAAGUGAUUGAUCCAGCCACCGCUACUAGUGUAGAUCUUAGAGAUAUUAAAAUAGUUAAGAAGCUUGGUGGAACUAUUGAUGAUUGUGAGUUGGUAGAAGGACUGGUUCUCACUCAAAAGGUGGCAAAUUCUGGUAUAACCAGAGUUGAAAAGGCUAAAAUUGGGCUUAUUCAGUUUUGCUUAUCUGCUCCCAAAACAGAUAUGGAUAAUCAAAUAGUAGUGUCUGACUAUGUUCAGAUGGAUCGCGUACUUAGAGAGGAGAGAGCCUAUAUUCUAAACUUAGUAAAACAAAUUAAGAAAGCCGGAUGUAAUGUUCUUCUCAUACAGAAGUCUAUUCUAAGGGAUGCUCUUAGUGAUCUUGCGUUACAUUUCCUGACCAAAAUGAAGAUUAUGGUAGUUAAGGAUAUUGAGAGAGAAGACAUUGAAUUCAUUUGUAAGACAAUUGGAACUAUACCAGUUGCUCAUAUUGAUCAGUUCACUCCUGAUAUGUUGGGAUCAGCUGAGUUAGCUGAAGAAGUUAAUUUAAAUGGGGCUGGCAAACUGCUCAAGAUUACAGGUUGUACAAGCCCUGGCAAAACCGUUACAAUUGUUGUUCGAGGCUCUAACAAGUUGGUGAUAGAAGAAGCUGAGCGCUCCAUUCAUGAUGCACUGUGUGUUAUUCGCUGUUUAGUAAAGAAGAGAGCUCUUAUUGCAGGAGGCGGUGCUCCAGAAAUAGAACUGGCCCUACGGUUAACUGAAUAUUCAAGAACAUUGAGUGGUAUGGAAUCCUACUGCGUUCGUGCUUUUGCAGAUGCUCUGGAGGUCAUUCCAUCUACUCUAGCUGAAAAUGCUGGCCUGAAUCCCAUUUCAACGGUAACAGAAUUAAGAAACCGGCAUUCCCAAGGAGAAAAAACUUCAGGCAUUAAUGUUCGAAAGGGUGGUAUUUCCAACAUUUUGGAGGAACUGGUUGUCCAACCCCUAUUGGUUUCAGUCAGUGCACUGACUUUGGCAACUGAAACUGUCCGAAGCAUUCUGAAAAUUGAUGAUGUGGUUAACACGCGGUAAUAUGGAUGACCUAGCACCAUCACAGCUACUAAUAAUGAAGCUGGAAUUGAAAGAUCAUCUGUGUGUUCUUUGCUAGGGAGGCUAUUUUCCUCUGAAUUCUUAUUGACAUUUGCUUAAAAUCGUACUGAUAUAAUUUUAAUGAAAAUAUUAAAAAUUUGGUUUCAAAGGCA